ACCAAAUCGUUUACUGAAGAUUGUCAAUGUUGGAAAGGUUCUGUUUUUUCGUCUGCAGUUUCCUGGCGUCAACUCACACAAGAGGAAGAUAGGCACCACAGAUGUAUAUUGCGAACCAAGCAUGGCAUUAAAUAAUUCUAUAAAGUCUAUUGCUCGGCUCCCAAUUAACAUCACAAUCGACAAAGAAGACCUGGAAACUGACGAAGAGCUUCCUCUGACUUCGAAAUCGGUAAAUUCUAAUGAAACUCCGAAACGAAAUAGAAACUGGAAGCAGAGGAUUGGACUAGCAAGUCAGAUUGAAACUGGGAUGAAAGACAUUGGUGUGUAUAUUGAUGUCAAUCCUCAUAAAAAAAAAAAGGAAGAGGAAUCUGUUGUCUCAAACAACCACAGUAUGGCAGGGAAUUCACCAGUUAAUAAUGCAGACAAGCUGAUGGAAAAAUCUCUGAUAAAACCUGGGUUUGAAAAGCUGGAUUGUGUUCCUCAGUAUAGUGCAAACAUACGACAAAGGAAAACAGAAAGAAGAAAAGAGGCUGACAAAACCAAAGGUGGUAAAUGGUUUAAUCUUCCUGCAACAGAAAUGACUGAAGAAAAGCUUAGAGAUCUGGAAGUCAUUCAAAUGAGAUCCAUCUUAAAUCCGAAGCAAUUUUAUAAGAAAAAUGAUUUGAAAGUUGUCCCUAAAUAUUUCCAGGUUGGAACUGUGGUUGAUAGCCAUGCCGACUUUUAUCACGACAGAGUACCGAAGAAGGAUCGGAAAAAGAAUCUUGUCGAUGAGUUGAUGGCGGAUGCUGAUUUUCAGAGGUACAACAAACGCAAGUAUGCUGAAAUUAUACAAUCCAAACCAGGAAUUCGCCCGCAGAAGAUAAAAAGACGUAAAUGAUUUAAGGUUAUCUUCAAGAGAAUGUUGCUUAUACAAGUACACGUAUGACUUAUCGAAA